UUAAAAUAGUUCUGCGUCACUUUCAUUUUGCACUUCAAAGCAGACAGUUUUUUAGUGAUCAAAGAUGGAUUCUUUCGUAGAAGAAUUUUCAAACUACAAAUUGCCGAUACUACCGAAUAAAUUAAAUCAUCUACCAGAUCGUAUUUCCCAAACGUUUUCCGAUAAAACGUUGUUUAUAACUGGCGGAACCGGUUUUCUCGGAAAAGUUUUACUUGAAAAAUUGCUAAGAAAGACAUCGGAUAUUAAGAAAAUUUACUUGUUGUUACGCCCAAAAAAAGGAGUACAACCUAAAGAACGAGUAGAAGUUUUAUUCAAUUCACCGUUAUUCGAUCAUUUAAAAGCCUUAAAAGGCACUACCUUUUUGGAAAAAAUUGUUCCUAUUGCCGGAGAUGCUGGAGAAAUAAAUUUAGACAUCAGUGAAAAAGAUCGCAUAACACUUACUGAAGAAGUGAAUAUUGUCUUUCAUGUAGCCGCUACUGUACGUUUUGAUGAACCUCUCAAAAAAACAUUACUUCUAAACACCAGGGGCACCAAAUUUACUUUAGAACUUGCUAAAGAUAUGAAAAAUUUAGAGAUGUUUAUGUAUGUUUCAACGGCCUAUAGUCAUCCACAGGAAAAGGUAUUGCAUGAAAAAGCAUAUGUACCUCCAAUAGAUCCUCAUAAAGCUAUUGAACUCGUUGAAACAUUAGAUGAAACAAUUGUGAAUAAAUUAUCUAAACACAUGUUGGGCAAUUUCCCAAAUGGCUACGCUUACACAAAAUGUCUUGCCGAGCAUUUGGUUGUUGAACAAAUAAAAUCUGGUUUACCAUGUAUAAUUGUUCGUCCGUCAAUUGUCAUUCCUAUUUGGAAAGAACCUUUGCCAGGUUGGACAGAUAAUAUUAAUGGACCCGUGGGUUUGCUUAUAGGAGCUGGAAAAGGUGUUAUCCGAACCAUGUAUUGCAAUAAUAAUGGCGUUGCUGAUUUCUUACCCGUUGAUAUAGCGGUUAAUGGAAUACUUUUAUUUGCUUGGAAUUAUAUAAAAAAUAACGAAAAAAGUCUUACAAUUGGCCAUUUAAUGUCUACACAAGAAGUAAAAGUAACAUGGAAAGAAAUUAUAGAUCUUGGUAAAGAUAUAGUUACUACUGAAAUACCAUUAAACGGUUGUGUAUGGUAUCCCGGGGGAAGUUUAAAAAGUAGUAGAAUCCUUCAUAAUAUUUGCAUAUUUUUUUUGCAAAUUAUACCGGCCUAUAUUUUGGAUGCGUUCAUAUUUUUAUCGGGAAACAAACCUUGUUUAGUACGCAUCCAAGAAAGAAUUUGCAAAGGAUUUGAUGUUUUCGAAUUCUACACGAAUAACCAGUGGGAAUUUAUUAUGGAUAGAUCUUAUCAAGUAAGAAAUAAAAUGAAUGAUAGAGAAAAAUUUGAAUAUAAGGUUGAUUCCACCGGGUUAGACUUAAGGGCAUAUUUUAAGAAUUGUAUCAUGGGUGCCCGUAUAUACAUAUUGAAAGAAAUGCCAGAUACUUUAGCUAAUGCACGGAGGCACAUUAAAACAAUGAGAUUCAUUGACAUUGUGGUCAAAAUUUUAUUCGUAUUUUUACUUUUCUGGAAAAUGCUUGAUUGGUCAGAUACAAUCCUUGCUGUAGGAUUAUUUUUGUUUAACUUAGUCAAAUUAGUUUUUAAUUCAACAACAUCGCUGUUCAACUAAAAUUCCCGACAAUCUCUCAUAGAAAUUAAAAUACAAGAAUAAAUAAAUAGUAGUUUUAAGUAAAUGUUAGAUUUGAAAAAUCAUCCAACAAGAAAAAGCUUCAUUCAUUACAAGAUUCUCUUACUCUUGUUUUUACGUGAUUAUUAUACUUAUGGUUGAUUAUUAUUGGUUAUUUUAUUGGAGUUAUCUUUUCAAUAAUAUUUUAAUAACUCAAUUGUCGAAUUG